AUGAAAAAUACGAACAUUAACAAUGUUGAAGUCAAUAAUGUAAAUCGUGAACGUUCAAAGCAUAAUCUUGACCACGAUGUCAAUACUACCGCUAGUCUUGGAACUAUCCAGCCUCUUGGCUUUAUGGAAAUGUUUCCCCACGACAAGGUAAGUUUUAAGCCUUCCACUCUUAUUCGUGCUGGUGCAAUGGUUGUACCCUCUUGGGCAAAAUUUAAGUGGAUGCUUUCUUCGGCCUUUGUUCCUAUUAAUUCGUACAAUCCGAGUCUUUCUACUGUUUCUGCUGGUCAGCUAGAUCUAUUCCCUAAACAUUCAGGUAUUGCAUUUAAUGCCUCUUUCCUUUGGAAUAGCGGUAUUGGUUGGGACAAUAAUGUUAAUGUGAAGCAAGUUUGGCUACCUUUGGGUAAUACUCCAAAGUCCCUUGUUGGUACAGGCGUUAUGUGGGAUGAUGUUUUCUAUGGUUCUGAAGAUAUUUCUCCGUCUAAUGCUGACUUUGUUAUUGAGACUGAGAAAUAUGAAUCGUCUGAACCAUUGAAUCGUAAUUAUGCUAUUUGCUUCCGUCUUUCUGAUAAGGGUGUCUAUUCUUCCUUUGCUGGCUGGUAUCGUGCAUAUUUUCGCUUUAAUGGCAUUGAGCGUCUCCGUAACUGGGAGUCUACCUAUUGCCAUCAGUUGAUUAAUUGGAUUGAAACUAAUGGUGAUUCUGUCUGUGAUUUUGGUUUGACUUCCUCUCAAUGGGCUGCUCCCAAGACUUCUACGUCUUCUGCUCCUAUUUCUAUUUUUAUGAGGUUCUUUGUUAAUGAGCUGAUGGAUAGUUUCUAUCCUACGGAAGACUAUAAUUUCGUUUCGGCUCAUCGUGUUGACAUUACCGCACCUUAUUCCUCUAGUUCUGAUUAUCAGGCAGGUGAUGGAAAGCCUGAUGGUUCUUAUGCUACUUCUUAUUAUACUCCUCAAUGGCUUGAAAGCAAGGUAACUGGCGUUGAGGGUACUACUGGUCAUACUUUGGGUAUUGAUGGUGAUGGUGCUGGUAAUAUGUAUGAUAUUCAGACUACUAUCUUUUCACAAGGUUCUUUGGUAGGUUUUCAGGCUACUGCAAAAGAUGGUGGUUUGUCGGCUAAUCUUGUUGAGGCUUUAAAGCGUUUGCAGCGUGUCACUUCCAAGCACGAUGUAUUUGGUCAGAAUGUUCGUGCAUUGAUGAAGGCUUUUGGUAUUGAUGGUUAUGAUACUGAUGAGCCUGUUGAUGUACUUGGAUUCCGUUCAUUUGAUUUGAACAUUUCUGAAGUGACUUCUCUUGCUGAUACUUAUGCUAAUUCUAUUACUGGUCGUUAUUUGGGUGAACAGGCUGGUAAGUCCGUAACCACAGGUGAUGAUGAUUAUAGUAAACCUAUUGUAUGCUCUACUGAUGAACGAGGAUUCUUCUUUGUUAUGGGCGGUAUAGUUCCUAUUAGUGGUUAUGUUAAUAUGGCUGACGAACAUAACUAUAUGGUUCAUCGUUCCCAGCAGUAUGAUAAGGAGUUUGAAGGUCUUGGAUAUGAUGCUACUCGUAUGGAGCGUCUUUUCGGAGAUAUCCGAGUCUCUAAUAAGACCUCUACUAUUAAGAAGCACGCUUUUGGUUUUGUUCCUCGUUAUUCUGCUCUCAAGGUUAAGCAUAAUGUUCUGAAUGGUGAUUUUAAUCGCCCUGCUAUGCGUGAUGCUUUGUUACCUUAUUCCAGUGAUAGAAAUAUCUCUCUUAUGCAGCCUAAUGGUGAUGUAAAGCAGAUUAUUGAUGCUGUUAAUGUAGGAACUAUUAUGAAUCCACUUUCAACAGAUUUUAUAAUGAUUUUCCAAACUUCCUCUUGCUGGCAAGGAAUGGGCUUAUUACUAUAA